AUGGCGCUGGCUGAAAUAUGUGCUGGACUGGAUGAUUCACUUAUAGUCGGUGUUAUCAUAGGUUGUCAAAACCUUUCUCAGAGAGGUGUAUGGAAUUUUACCUUUCGUGAUUCUGAAGCAGACUUCGCUAAUGUUGCUGUCUGGGGGUCACCUACGUACAUUGGAAACUGUGCUGAACAAUUUCACAUUGGAGAUGUUGUAUCAGUGACAAAGGCCCGGAUAGCUGUACGGGUUACUGGGGGGUCUGAAGACAACUUUAGGCCUGCUGUCUCAAGUCCAUUCCAGCUGACGUUAUCUGAGGGCUCAUCAGAGAUACAACAUCACUAUCUUCCAGAUGCCCAACAUUUUCAAAGUCUAAUACAUGUUCCAACAAAGCAGUCUUCAGAUAUUACUCCACUGAGGGAUAUUAGCUCCAGCGGGGACUUGAUGCAAGGAAAUUAUGUUAAUAUUUUGGUGGCAGUUCAAAAUGUUCAAAGAGUGAGACAGUUGAAACUUCAAGAUGGUCGUCAGAUUGAGUGCCGUGAAAUUGUGGUGUUUGAUCGAACAAGCCAUGGCUUAUCAGUUCAGCUUCCAUUCCAGCUGACAUUAACUGAGGGCUCAUCAGAGAUACAACAUCACUAUCUUCCAGAUGCCCAACAUUUUCAAAGUCUAAUUCAUGUGCCAACAAAGCAGUCUUCAGAUAUUACUCCUCUGAGGGAUAUUAAGUCUAGUGGGGACUUGAUGCAAGGAAAUUAUGUUAAUAUUUUGGUAGCAGUUCAAAAUGUUCAAAGAGUGAGACAGUUGAAACUUCAAGAUGGUAGUCAGAUUGAGUGCCGUGAAAUUGUGGUGUUUGAUCGAACAAGCAAUGGUUUGUCAGUUCAGCUGUGGGAUAAGGAAAUUAUUUACCAAGCAUCUCAGUGGAAACCUAGAGAAACAAUUCUGUUUAUAGCAGAUAUCAUCUUGAAAUGGAGUGGGUACCGCAAUGCCUCCUCACCUACGGUUAACUCAAAGACAAUAAUUACAGUUGAUCCUCAAACAGAAGAUGCAGAAUGCCUCCGAGCAUAUGCAAGAGCUGCACCUCUCCAGCCUUCAGCCAUAAUAGAUUAUUUAACAAGCAACAUAACAGAUGCUUCCAGCAUCCGAAAUGUUCUGUCUGUAAGAACAGUCCUGUCACGUGGUUGGGCUGAUGUGAAAAACAGUGUAUCUGAAGAUGAACAGCAAUUUACUGCACUAGUUUAUGCUGUUGUAACACAUCUUGAUCUUCAUCAUGACAAUGUAGUACAAUUAAAAUGUGCCUCUUGCAACAAAGUUACUUCAGUUGAAAACUCAUGUUCUAACCUUGACUGCCCAGUUGAGCAGGGAUCAGAAACAUUUGUUCCCCGAAGAAUGUUUAACAUACGAAUUGAUCUAUCAGAUCACACAGGAACUUUAAAAGGUUGUCGUCUCACUGCUGAAACUGCAGAAACUGUUCUAGGGUGCACAGUAUUAGAGUUUGGAUCCAUGACAGAUCAACAAAAAGAUAUACUCAAGUGGAAUUUUCUGAUGGAGCGUUGUGCUGCACGAAUACUGGUGCUGAAAGCUUCUCAUGAGCGGCGCCAACCUUACAUAUCCCUCAUCUCGUGCUCUAUUGCAGACAUUUCUGAAGUUGCUGCUAAAAUUCCUAUCUUGUGAUCAACCUCAUCAUAAAAACUCACGAGAUAAGCUUAAACAAAAUUGAAAAUUAAGAAGGUGCACUGAUUACUAGAUAGAUACACCAAGAUGAUUGUGCGAUCAUACCAUCCAUUGGCAUAGCCUGCAAAAUGUCUUGUCAAAUUACCUUAAAUUAGAUAUUUAAAAAGUACCAUAGAGGCAAUACUUAGGCCUAGGUACCAUAUUCAAAUGUAAAAAAAAUUAUUAAGUACAUUUUCACUUGAGAUACUUGACUUAAUAAAUCAAUUAUUACUUGCACAAAUUA